UUAUAAAAGAACGAAUUGAAAUUUUUAAUGUGAAUAAAUGAAGCGACAGCUUCUUAAAAAAUUUAUCUGUUCUAUAAUAUUCACCGUGUGAUAUGCUCCAAACGAGAUCUCGAUUUACCAUUUGGACGAUUAUAGGUGAUGUAAGAAGAUGGUUAGCGUCAGCUACAUCUUCAAAAAGUGGUUCAGGAAAAGAAGCUCCACCGUGUGCAAGGAUUGCAAAAUUUGAUACUUGUCAACUAGAUCCUUGUAUGUUAGAUCCUUGCAAUCCCGAACCGAAUAUUAUAAUAAUUGGAGCUGGAAUGGCUGGUCUUUCAGCUGCUCAUCGACUUGCACAAUGUGGCCUCAAAAAUUUUAAAAUACUCGAAGCUACAGAUCGACCAGGAGGACGGAUUCAUUCUUGUUGGCUCGGUGAUAUUGUUGCUGAGAUGGGAGCUACAUGGAUUGAAGGAGGAUGUGUCGCUAAUCCGAUAUUCACGCUUGCUGCUCAAGAAGGUUUGCUAAAACCACCAUUAUUCAGGCCAGAUCCGAGCAAAGGCUUGUUUUGUACAAGCGAUGGUCGUGCUAUUGAUUUACCUAUCAGUAUAACAGCUUAUCAUGCGUUUCGACAAAUAGAGCAACAGGCAGCAGCAUUAUUUUCUCUCGGUUGCGGUAGAAAUCAUGGAAAUUUACUUAAUUUUAUGGGUAUCAGAAUACAACAAGAACUGCAUAAUUUUCCAGAAGAGCAGAGGUACGAUGCAGCACGAGUGAUGUAUGGUUUAACGAAUUGUGUACGUUGUCGCUGCGGUGAUGAUCUUUCACUUGUAUCCGCCGAUCAAUUUGGCAGUUACAUCGAGGUACCUGGUGGAAAUGUUCGUGUUCCUCUUGGCUACGUUGGAACUUUGGCACCUUUGUUGCGCGAGUUACCAAGCAACUCCAUGAAAUAUUGCAAACCGGUGAGUUGUGUUCGGUGGGGUGCAGCCAGUGAGACGUGCCCACGAGCAAUGGUAAAAUGUUGUGAUGGUGAAGAAUUUCUGGCCGACUAUGUCAUCGUUAGUGUCUCGUUAGGUGUUCUAAAACACCAACAUGAGAAACUUUUUUGUCCGGCACUGCCUGCAGAAAAAGUUGAAGCUAUUUCUCGAUUGGGCUAUGGCUAUGUAAACAAAAUUUUCUUAGAAUACGAGAGACCGUUUUGGGUAUGGCAUGAAGGUAGUAUCAGACUCGCUUGGUCAGCCGAUGAACUCUCCGAGCGGUGCGAUUGGGUUAAAGGUAUAUCUGUGGUUGAAGAACUUGUGGGCUCACAACAUGUUCUCUGUGCUUGGGUAUGCGGUCGAGAAGCAGCGGAUAUGGAACUUUGCACUGAUGAACAAAUUGUUGAAUCAAUGACUCGACUUUUACGUCAAUUUACUGGAGAUCCAACUUUACCGUAUCCGGCAAAUUUACUUCGAAGUAAAUGGUGUAUGGACCAAUUUUUCGCUGGAUCUUAUAGUUACAUGGCUUUAGAUAGUACAGUUGGACAUCAAUGCGAUUUAUCAAGUCCAUUACCAGGUUCAUGCGAUCCAAUUGCACCAAUUUUAUUAUUCGCUGGAGAAGCAACGAUUCCUGGUCAUCACAGCACAGUUCAUGGUGCAAGAUUAAGUGGAAUUCGUGAAGCAGAUAGAAUAAUCCAAAUGACAAAAUGUUUUAAAGGCCCACCUAAAAAAGUUGCAGAAACUACAUCCCUGUGUCACUGAUAGUAUUAAUAUACUCAUAUAUA